CCAAAACAAAAAGGUCACACUGCAAAAACAAAAACAAAACAAAGAAUCCGGGUUUAUUUUGCCAAAAAAUCAUUUGUUUAACAAUCAAAAUGACUCAAGAUAUGCUUCUUGAUGACGAGGAACCUAGCAAGAGCAAGGAGACGUUCCUGGAGAAGUUCUGCGUGCUGGCCAAGAACGCCACCGGCGCCGCAUUGCUCGACGUGCUAAAGCAGGUGCUGGAGGCUCAGAAUGUGUUCGUUUUCGGGGAGCUGCUCGUGGAGCCCAAUGUGGCGGAGCUUAAAGAUGGCCCCGACGCCAAGUACUACAACACUCUGAACCUGUUCGCCUAUGGCACGUACAAGGAGUAUCGGGCCAAGCCCGGCGACUACAUCGAACUGAGCCCGGCCAUGCAGAAGAAGCUGCAGCACCUGACCAUCGUUUCGCUGGCCAUCAAGACGAAGAGCAUUCCAUACGCCCUGCUGCAGAACGAGCUGGAAAUCGAUAAUGUGCGUCAUCUGGAGGACAUCAUCAUCGAGGCAAUCUAUGCGGACAUCAUUCAUGGCAAACUGUUCCAGAACACACGCAUUCUUGAGGUGGAGUACGCCCAGGGUCGAGACAUACCGCCCGGCAACACGGGCAAGAUUGUCGAGACUCUCCAGGCCUGGGUCAACUCCUGCGACGGUGUCUCCAGCUGCAUUGAAAACCAGAUCAAGUACGCCAAUGCAGAGAAAUCCAAGCGACUGUUCAAUAAGGAUCGCGUAGAGCAAGAUCUCAUCAACUUGAAGAAAAUGCUGAAGAGUCAGGCCUCGGACAGCGAUGAGAGCAUGCAGAUCGAUACCCAUGGACCGAGCGGCAGCGGCGGCUUGAUCCUCGCGGACCUUCGCAAGAAGCCCUCCAAGAUGAAGUCGCUGCGAAAUGCAGGAGUCGGCCUGAAGUUCAGCAAGUGAGUGCAGGCCAGCCGAGGGAGUGUUGCUGGAGAUUCGGAGCCAGGCCAUGGGGGAGUAGGCAGCACCAGCCCAAGGUCGGAUGGAACACCGCGCGGCACUUGAAAAAACGGAUCCCACUCGGCAAGCAGCAGGACGAAACCGAAACCAAAACCCAAAACGGAAAUCAUUUCACACUUCACACAACUCUGUAGGCUGUCCGCGGUCUUAAAACCAUAAUUUAGUAUCAAACUAACAAAUAAAUAAAAUAUAAUUAUAUCCAAA